AUGAGCAUUAGAGCCGCACAGUCGGACAACUUGUGGACGGAAACACCAUUGGUCUAUUCCAGCCAUAUUUCGGAUAUCAUCGGAUGUUCUGCCUAUCUGAAGCUUGAGAAUUUACAACCUUCCCAAUCGUUCAAAUAUCGAGGCAUCUCUAAAUUCGCGCAACAAUGCAAGGAGAAACAUGGCCCCUCGGUGCAUCUGAUGAUUGCCUCGGGCGGAAAUGCAGGUCUGGCUGCGGCAGUUGCAGCACGUGCUUUGGGAGUGAAAUGCACGGUGUUCCUUCCAAUCAAUAUAAGUAACGAAACGCAACAGGCUCUCCGAAAGCAUGGUGCAGACGUUGUAACAAUUGGGGAGGUCUACUCCCAAACACUGGCCGCGCUCCGAGAUGCCGUGAAGAAGGAGAUAAAUGGCGUUCUGGUGCCAGCAUAUGACUCGCCGGUCUGUUGGGAUGGACAUUCGUCCAUGGUGACCGAGAUGCAGAAACAACUCCCGAGGCAACCAGAUGCCAUAUUCUGCAGUGUUGGUGGGGGAGGCCUUAUCGGAGGCAUCAUACAAGGUUGCAAGAACGUUGGGUGGGAUGAAGUGCCGAUCGUGGCGCUCGAAACCACUGGCUCCAACUGCUUCUACAACGCCAUCGCCAUCAAUACCCAGGACUUCACUUCCAAGGUCCCUAUCAUGCCUUCCACUCAAGUAGAGGACAGUUCUCCCUAUACCAUUGAAAUCGUCGGCGAAUACAACGUUGCUAUACCGCACAUGAAAUCGCUGAAAUCGCGAGCCGCAUCUCUCGGUGCGACCUCACCAGCUGCUGGCGUGGUUAGAAUGGCAGUCGAUCGUGCUGGAGGAAUAAAAUGCGUGUGCGUCCCAGAUGAGAUGGCCAUGCGCACUGCAAGAUUAUUUGGAGGUGAGUCUCCGUGCGAUGUUAAACGCUAUGCUAACGCAAUAACCAUACUGCCAGACGAUCACAAAAUGCUGACGGAACUCGCUUGUUCAACAACUCUGACUCCUGGAUACAACCGCGAGUUUCUCUCGCACAUCCUCGGGCCAAAGUUUUCGGCGCUUUCCCCAGAAGAGAGGAAGGAGAAGUGCCUCGUUUUCGUUGUAUGCGGUGGAGUCAAAAUCUCUUUUGAGGAGAUGAGGGAAUUCGAAGAGAUUGUCGCGGCGGCACAGGUGGAAAACUCUUGGCGCGUGCAAAUUGACGGUGAAGAGAUUCAGGUGCCUAAGCAAUGA